AGGUUGGUGAUUCGAACCCCCAUUUAAAGUAGUUUGUAGUCACCUAUAAAGUCAUCACACAAAAUACAUGAGAAGUGGCUUAUGAAUUUGCAAGUAUUUAAGCUCUUCUACUUCUAAGGGAUGAUCUGAACAUCAAAACACUUCAGGGUUCUGAGGUAUUAGCCGAAGAGAGAGAAGAGACAGUACAAUAUGGAGAGAGCCAAGCUUUUUAAUUUAAUUACACUUGUUCUGACAUUUGUGGCAGUAGUGCCAAAGUUGGAGAGCCAGAUUAUGCCACCAGUUAUUCCUAUGCCGCAACCACCUCUUAGACCACUUUGUGCAUCCCAACUUGCACUAGUAAACUACGCUUGUGGAAGGUUGCCUAUCUUCCCAGGGUCCCCACUUUUACCACUAACACCUCCACCCUCUCCUGAUGAUGAGGAGGGACACAGGAGUCACCAUAGACGGGGCCACAGGCAUGGCCAUGGGCACCAGCAAAGUCACCGCCACAACCCUCAAGAAGACAACUGUUGCCGGUGGGCUAGGGAAGUGGACACCCAAUGUGUGUGUCAAAUUUUAGUUCUAUUGCCUCCUUUUCUUAUGAGACCUUUGCAUCAGUACUCAGUCAUCAUUGGAGAAUCCUGUAAUGUCACUUACUCAUGCGGUGGGCCAAUAUGAUUGCCAAAUGCCAGCAAAGAAUCCAAUGUUGUAUUUGACUUUAUGGUCUAUGGUUCCUUGCUUUGUAAGUUUACUUUCCAUUAGUUGUGCCAUCAGAGGUUGGAAACAAAGUGUGCUGUAGCA